AUGGCGUCGCGCGUUAUCACGGUCGCGUCGACCCGCGCGUCCGCGCCCGCGACGACCGUCUGCCGCCGCGUCGUUCGCGGCGGCGCCGCGACGGGAGGAGGAGCGACGAAGUCCUCGGCGACGAUCCGCGGCCGUCGCUCGGUCCGCGCGGCCGCCGAGGAGCCGGGCGCCGCCGCAGCCGCCGUGCGGUACGACGACAUCAUCGCGGUCCUGCGCGAGGCACCGAUCGACGGGCUCGACGCCGCGGUGGACGCGGUCAAGCUGGAGCUCACCACCGGCUUCUACGAGCACGCGGUGCGCAGGAUCGACGCGUGCAGGUCGGCGGGUGAUGAGGCCGAAGCCGACGCGCUUGACGAGCUGUGCGGCCGCGUGAUGAUGGCGUCGGAUCGAACGUUCGGUGCCAUCUUGCCGAGUCUCGGCGACGGAUCCGGGGAGGAGAUCGACGGAGAAGCCUCGGAGGCGCUCGUGACGGCCGGCGACCUCACGCCCGCGCAGCAAGAGCAGCUGCAACGGCGGUGGGACGGCAUCGCCGCCAGGCUGGCCGCGGAGGGGGAGGCGAACGCGAUCGCACAGGUGGAGAAGAACGCGACGAGCAGGAGGGAUAGCGUGGUGGCCAUCCUGGGCCGGGUGCCCAUGGGCCCCAAGGAGCUCAGGAGCCUCAACAUGGUCACCGCCGAGCGCAGAAUCAUCGACGUGCUGCUCACGUUCCCGCGGGGGCCGGAGCGGUCGGACGCGCUCACCGACGCGCUCACGCCACCGCCGGAGACGGAGACGGAGACGGACGACGGCGAUGAGGUGAACGACGGCAGGGGGGAUAACCUGGAGCUGACGGACGACGACAUGCUCGUCGGCGACGAGGAGGAGGUGUUCACGACGCCCGCCAGGCUUCUCGCCGCGGUGGAGCUGGCCAUCAAAGAAGCCAACGCGGGGGGUGACGACGUCGCGACUGUGGAGGAGCUCCGAUCUCUUCGUGCCGAGGUGGCUCAGCGAUGCGACUUUCUCAACUGA